AUGUGCUAUCGUGCUGGUGUAAUAUUCCUACUUUUAUCUUUUGAGUCUACGUAUUUUACGGCCAGAGCUCAGCAUGUACCCAAUAGCCGUAUUUCGUUCAACACAGUACAGGGUUGGGGAGUUAAACUCGGCACUGAGUUAUAUCAUUUUGGAGAGUUUAUUACUAGAAAGAAGGAGGUUGAGGAUAGUUGGAAGUCGGCGCAAAUAGAAUCAAGAGAUGGCGAAAAGUUAGUACAGAGUGUGGCGGACGAUAUUCGGGCAAUGAUGGAGUUGAAAAUUAGUGCCGUGAAGAGGAUCGUCGAGGCAGCAGAGAAUAUGGCAUUUGAUAAACAAGACGAUCCCGUUCCGGAGGACUUUCAGUUCUUUAACAGUAAAGAAAUGGAAGAUCUCCUCGAUGAUAGUAUUACUACUACCCCAGAGCCUGAAUUUCAUAAUGAAAACAACAUCGAUCGUCCGCCAUCAAAGAAUGUUCGUCUGUACCAAAAUCCACACUUUUCAAAUAUACCCGUUAAUAUUAAUUUUACUAGUGUUCACGUUCCAACAAAUGUAUAUGCUUGGGCACCCGAAGUCAUAAAAGGAAUUCACUGGUCUGAAGGACUGGAUACACAUUUCAUUAAUAACUAUCAGAGUGACCCAACUCUUUCAUGGCAAUAUUUUGGUAGCUCAACCGGGUUUAUGAGACAUUAUCCUGCAAUGAAGUGGCGGGCAGACCCUGUUGAUAUAUAUGAUUGUCGAACAAGAGCUUGGUAUAUGGAGGCUGCUGCUAGCCCAAAAGAUGUUAUCGUGUUGGUUGACCGAAGUGGUUCUAUGACAGGACAGAGGAGAGAUAUAGCGAAACAUGUAGUAACUAACAUUUUGGAUACUUUAGGAAACAACGAUUUCGUGAAUGUUAUGACCUUUGCUGACACUGUGGAAGAAAUUGUGCCAUGUUUUGAAGAUUCUUUGGUGCAGGCAACUUUAGGAAACAUUCGAGAGUUUAAACUUGCGUUAGAGAAUUUUGAAACAAUGGAAAUAGCUAACUUUUCAGCUGCACUAACUAGAGCAUUUGAUCUUUUAGAAAUAUAUAGAAACAAUAGUGGCGGCGCUAAUUGCAAUCAAGCAAUUAUGCUUGUAACGGAUGGUGUACCAUAUAAUUACAAGGAGAUUUUUGAAAAAUACAAUUGGAAGUAUGACACACCAGUGCGAGUGUUCACGUACCUGAUAGGUCGCGAGGUGGCAGAUGUAAGAGAAGUGAAAUGGAUGGCUUGCGCUAACCGAGGAUACUACGUCCAUUUGAGUACUCUAGCAGAGGUUCGAGAAAGAGUUCUGGAACAUGUUAACGUGUUGGCUCGACCACUGGUUUUGCAGCGCGAAAAACAUCCGGUUGUAUGGACACCAGUAUAUGCAAAUGUUACCGAUCCAAAAGUUGCAGAUUAUUUAUGGGAGCAACGGGAGCGAGCAGAACAGAAAGAACGCUUCAUGAGUCAGCGACGAGAUAAAGCUCUAUUUAACUCUGAGAAGGAGCAGAAUAGACGAUGGAAAAUAACUCAGAUGAAACAAGGUCAAUACAGUGAGAUAGGAAACUCACAAUAUCAGCUCAUGACGUCAGUAUCCAUGCCAAUAUACGAUCUCCGCCAUAACGAGAACAUCACAGAGAAUGUACUGAUAAAUGAAGCUUACUGGGUAUCAGUUACAAAAGAGUCUGUAGAGGAGAACGGCCAAAAGGAGAUGCGAAUUGCUAGAUUAUUGGGAGUGGCAGGAACAGAUGUACCACUAUCUGAGAUUCAAGCUCUUAUGGCACCCUAUAAGAUCGGGGUUAAUGGUUAUGCUUUUAUGGUGACAAAUAACGGAUAUAUUUUGAUUCAUCCCGAUUUGAGGCCAGUGUUUCAACAAAUCCUAAAACCGAGUUAUAACAGCGUGGAUAUGAUCGAAGUGGAGUUGUUUGAUGACGACAGAAGUCCACGAAAUUUCAGUAAAGAAUUGACUGCGUUGCGUCAAGAUGUAAUCGAUCAGAAAACCGGCAACAAGAUAAUGAAUGUCAAGUACCAUAUGGAUGACAUGAAAAGAGUAUCACGUGGCAAGAAGCACUACUUCUGGACUGGUAUAAGCGAUUCGCCCUUCACCUUGGUGGUAACGAUACCAGAGAACUACGGACGCCAUAGAAUAACACCACCGCCUACAGACGACAUACAUCGCCUAUCGCUCACAUCAAAGAAUAUUUCGGCAAGACAAUAUCUGUCUGACAAGUGGAGUGUGCAUCCCGAUUGGUUAUACUGUCGCCACUACGAGCGCACAUUUGCUACUCCCGAGGACGAAUUAUUAUACUUUUUGGAGCGCGUUGCAAAGCCUGGUUGGCGCUGGCCAGCGAAACCUCGCCCGCCCGAACAUCACAAGAAUAAACAGGGACACGGGCAUAACGGUUCUGUAGAUAGCGAAAGGAAACCUGCGCAAAGGAUUGAAUACUAUUGUGACCAUGGACUUAUGCAAGCGUUGGUAUACGAUGCCAGAAACACGGCAUGGUUCAACAAAAGCAUAUCCGAAUCUGCCUCGGAUGAAAAGGCCCCGUUGACCAAAGUGAUUGGAUUGUUACCGAGGGCGGAGUUCAUACAACGUUUUGGGUAUAUAGUGGCAUUUUUGGCUACGCACAGCGGUCUAACAAGGUGGCAAAUGCACCCGCCUAAGGAACACGAUGAUAAAGUGGAGUUUGGUAAAGUAUGGCCUCGCGCUAUUGAUGAGGUAUGGUAUCGUCGUGCAGUGGAACAACACUACGUGGAUCCCCUUAGCUACGUAUAUAGUGUGGAAAUGAAUACAGAGAAAUUCCCAUUGAACGUCAGCUCGGCACUGGUAACGGCUGCCCAUGCGGUCUUCCAUAGCGACGGACACCGUAAGGCUCCAGCCGCAGUGGUAGGAUUCCAGUUCAAACACGAGAGACUGACGGAGUGGUUCGAUAAUAUCACAUCGUCGUGUGAGCAUAAUAAGGAGUGCGUGACAUGCGCUUCGGAGGAAUGGGAUUGUUACUUGGUAGAUAAUAACGGCUGGAUCGUGGUCAGCAAAGACAGUACCCAAACUGGACAGUUCUUUGGAAAGAUUCGACCAGAUAUAAUGCUUAAAUUAGUAGAAGACGAGGUGUAUCGAACAGUGCACGUGAUUGACUACCAAGCGGUGUGCUUUAGAGAGAAAAAAGUCACGAACCCAGCAUCAACAAUAAGAACGCCAAUGGAAAAUCUUCGGUUAAUAAUGUCUUGGUUUGUGACCACCUCGGUAUGGCUUUAUAACUCGGUGUCCUUAACGUUCGCACAGUCCAGCUACUUCGAUGACGAGUAUGUUACAUCCACUGUUGCGUACCAAAAUUACGAAAAUGACGAAGACACGGAUGACCCAUCCAUGUCAAAACCGCCCACUCGAAUCCAUGAGAGAGAUUUUGAAAAGAUUGUUCUUAUAAACCGAACACGCCCAACACCUUGUGAUCGAGAGAUGUUUUUGUACCAAAUAGACUACAAGAACUUGGAGGCGAAGUUGAAUAAGCCCUUGACAGAGUGUUCGAGACCAUUUUACGCACAGCUCGUGAAUUAUACAAAUAUGCUGCUGGUGGUCGUUGACGCGAUGUGUGCGAAGAAAGAUGUCUCGAUAUUAUCAAUAGACCCAGCAGAAGUUCAGUACAAUGAAUCAUUACCUUGUCUGAAACAUAAGCAUCCUUUGUAUCGGAAGCAGCCGUCAUCGUGCAUACGAAAUCAUACGGAGGAGAGCAAUAUCGACAUGUGCGGACGCGGAAGUCUCCCAACAAAAAAUGUUUUAUGGGUACCUUUUACAAUACUUCAUAUUUUAUGGAUCAAAAUAAUAUUUUAA